CACAGGGUGAGGAAACACUCUGAGCAUUUUUAAUUGCAUGCUAAUGAAAUAAGCAUGGACUGACACUGUGUGUGAGUUCUGAAUCAGUGUAAGUGCAAGUUUCUACUGAGGCUGUAAUAUUUGACUUGAUAAGUAGCUUCAAGUUAUUAAGAAGUUCUUAUUACCUGAAAGGGUUCUCAGUGUGCCCUUGUUUUGCUACUUCUUAUUUAGUUUUAAUAGAAAUAAUUUAAUCUGAGCACUGUGACAACACUGAAAAAAGGAAUAUGACAGGUUUUAAAGCUCUCUGCUUGGGGCUGUUUUGUGUUCUCUUUGCUAUUCAUAUUCAUAUGCCCAUACCAAGCAACAUUGAAGAACGCUGGAAAGUAACAGCCUUGGAUGCAAUCACUAGAACGUGCUCAUUUAUGGGUAUAUGUUUUGAACAUAUAGGUAUUAUGAAAUAUGAAGAGUUUAUUUCCAUGAUAUUCAGGCUGGAUCAUACCCAGCCACUUUCAGAUGAACAUAUCACAGUGACGGAUACAGCAUUUGCUGAUGUUCCAGUACGUUUGUACUUGCCAAAGAGAAAGUCAGAAACCCCAAGACGAGCGGUAAUCUAUCUUCAUGGUGGUGCUUAUUGUUUUGGAAGUUUCAAGCACACGGGUUUUGACUUCCUCAACAGAGAGACAGCAAAAAAACUUGAUGCCGUUGUUGUAGCAGCGGACUAUAGACUAGCUCCCCAACACCGCUCUCCAGCUCAGUUUGAAGACAGCAUCGCUGUAGUCAAGUUUUUUCUUCAAGAUAAAAUUCUUAUGAAAUAUGGAGUGGAUCCCACCCGAAUAUGUGUUUCAGGAGACAGUGCUGGGGGCAGGUUAGCCGCCGCAGUGACGCAGCAGGUGCAGAAUGAUCUCGAAAUAAAGCAUAAAAUCAAGGUACAAGCUUUACUUUAUCCUAGCUUACAGAUAAUUGAUUCUUAUUUGCCAUCUCUCAGAGAAAAUGAAAACGGUAUAAUCAUAACACGGGAAAUAGCCAUAAAACUCCUGGGUUUAUAUCUCAGUGAGAAUAAAACAUUGACUGAGGCAAUGAGAAGAAACCAGCAUAUGCCUCUGGAAUCAAGACAUUUGUUCAAGUUUGUUAACUGGACCAUUCUCUUACCCAAGAAAUACAGGAAGGACCAUGUUUAUUAUGAACCAAUUCUUGGAAGAACUAAUUUUUCAUUACCAGCACUUAUGGAUGUCAGAGAAUCGCCCUUGCUGGCCAGUGAUUCCCAGCUACAGAAUUUGCCAUUAACCUACAUUCUGACCUGUCAAUAUGAUAUUUUGAGAGAUGACGGAUUUAUGUAUGUGUCAAGACUUCAGAAUGUUGGAGCUCAAGUUGUUCAUGAACAUAUUGAGGAUGGAUUCCAUGGCGCCUUAUCAUAUAUGACACCACCCUUCUAUUUACAACUGGGUCUUAGGAUAAAAGAUAAAUAUAUUAGUUGGCUGAAUAAUAAUUUAUAAAAUAUAUAUGACCAUCACUUAGUUGGUUGUAAUUAGUGAUAUUUUGUAGUUGUAGUGCAAAGAACAAUGUCAUUUUUGUUGUCUAAAUCUAGAUUUGAAUAAGUGGUUAUAAUAUUGCUUAUCCUUGAACUAGUAAAAUUUUUGACUCAGAAAACCUGCAUAUGUCGAAUGUUUGUAAUCCUAUCUAUUUUCCCAUUACCUAUAGUUACUAUGAGUACGGUGGUCCUAAUAGAGACUGAUGCUUAUUCAAAUUUAGAAACAACAAUACUGGCAAGUUACAGAAGACAAUUUCCAGGCAAGCACAGAAAUUGUAGUAAUAAGUGGGAAGAGACAAAAUAAGAGAAAAAUGCAAAGUGAUUAUAUUAGUUCCCUGUGGCUAUUACUAAAAACUUGGUGGCUUAAAACAACAGAAAUAUAUUCUCUUAGAUGUACUGGGCCUGAAGUCCAAUAUGAGUAUCACUGGGCCAAAAUUAAAGUACUGGCAAAGGACAUGCGCACUUGGGAGGUUCUACAUGCUGCGCCCCGUGGAUUUUCAUCUGGUGGCUGCCAGCCUGCCUGGAUGUGGCCACAUCACCUUCAGCUCAGAAGGCAGUGUUUUUAAAACUCUCUCUGUUCCAUCUUCUCAUGGUUUUCUCCUCUGCCUCCUCAAAGAUACAUAUGUCUGCAUUCAGAGUCUAUCCUAUAAUCCGGGAUAAUCUCCCCAUCUUGAGAUUUAAGUAUUCUGAGGACACUUUUUUUUUUUUGCAUUUCAGUCAAAUUUUAUUUUUUAAAAAGCAACAGAUCAAUGUUAUAAUUCCGUUUAUUUAAAUAUGAAUUUGGCAAUGUGGUACAUAGUGAAAAAAAUUUUCUGCAAACAUCCUCAAACAUAUCAUCUCAAAAUACCCAAAAAGUAAAUCACUUCUGCAAGCCUUUUUGUUAACUGGACUCAUGUAACUAAAGCUGAAGAUUUAUUGGUGUGAAAAAUAUAUGUAGUACAGUAGUAUGAAUCUUGG